AUGCAUGCGGUUGGAGUGGCGACGCCAUCCUCAAACCUGACAAUGGUGAAUCUUACUCCCUCGAAGGCCACCGGUCUCCAUUGGUGGGUGGCCAAUCAAUCCGACCGAUUAUUCUCAGACAAACGCGAAAUGAGCACAACUAGGUAUACGCAAAUCUACACAGAGGCACAAGACGAUUGGUUCAAGGGCAUCGUGACAAGGUAA